CUUUGACACUGAUUAUCGCCUCAAAUCUGGACGCAGAGCCUUGGACUUUCAUCAGUAUUGCUCGACCGACCAUAUCUCCAUCAUGAACAGGCCAGGUUUGUCUUUUUCACGUCCUUCCCUUGUCCUCCCGAUCGGGCUGGCUAUGGCAACCCCAGCAGUCUCCGAUCGGUGGUUUCUUUUGUGUUUAUUAUCAGCGAGCUUCACGGUGCGGAGCGGAGCGCGGUUGGUGCUUGGACCCACGGCUCGUUGUCCUCCUGGCUUCAAUUGCAAACGCUCUCACAGAUGGAUCUCCCACGACGACCGCAAUAUCCUCCCCAACACCAUGCCAAGCCCCUCGCCCGGCUUUGGUUAAAGUCCCCCGAUCUUGACCGGCCUUGUCAAUCACCUUGGCUACAUCGCUGACCGUUGUUAUGAUUUUGCAGGUCCAGGCCCCCAGCCCUUGCGAGGCAUGUCCGGGUUCCCCGCACAACAACAAGCACAAGCUCGAAAUGCGGCGUUGGCGUCGGCGCGCUUGCCAAACGGCAAACUUGGUGCGACUUUUGUCUGGCCUCGACUGGUAGAAUCGCCUUGAAAGCUAACGGCGCCGGACGGAACAGGCAGCGGAGCGAAUUGGAACUUCAAUUUACCCGUCAGCGGAACGCCAGGGAUACAAGGCAACCAGCAGCGCAGCAUAGGAACGAUGGGAACGUUUGCACAGAGUCUGAGCGGUUC